UAUGCCUAGUUAGUCUAGUUCAGGCAUGUGAAACUAGAAACAUUCCUAGGUUUCAAGCAUCUAGUGAGCUAAGAAGACAUGGUGGCCACACUUUUGAGUGCUUCCCAGAUUUGUCUGCUUAUUUGUAUUUUAUCUAGAGGACAUUUUAUAGAAGCUUUACAAGACAUUAGCAAGUACAUAAAACACUAUGAAGGCCUGUCUUAUGACCGAGAGAUCUUAAAACAACAACACCAGCGUAUCAGACGCGAGACACAUCUAAACAAUCAAGAGCUUCAUCUAGACUUCAACGCCUUUCAAAGGGCAUUCCACCUCCGUCUCAAGCCAAAUGUAAAUGGCUUCACUGAAGAUUUCAAGGUCCAGUCAGAAGAUGAAUCUCAGAUGGUGGAUCUCUCUCACAUAUUCUCAGGAGUACUAGAAGAUGACAGUGAAUCCUCAUGUCAAGGUUCUGUUGUUGAGGGUCAGUUUGAAGGCUCCAUCACAACAGCCAAUGGCACGUUUUACAUCGAGCCCACUGACAGAUACUCCACCUCCAACACUGACCACCAUUCCAUCAUUUAUCAUGAGGAUGAUGUGGACAGCACUCCCUUGAGAGGCGGUCUUGGCUUCUGUGGUGCCGAGCGGCUGCAGCAUCUUGUCCAAAACCACCAAGAGGUACCACUCUCCAGGUCAAAACGGAAGGUCGACCAGUCCAAAACCAGCUGUCUUCUGCACCUCCACGCAGACCACCGCUUUUACAAACGCUUUGGAAGUGUUGAGGCUGUUGUGGCUCAGGUUGCCUCCUACAUGAAAGCAGUAAAUGACAUUUAUGACAAAGCUGACUUUGAUGGCAUAGAGCUGGUCAACUUCAAAGUGAAAUUCCUUACCGUGAUCACAGAGGAAGAUCCCAACAGUCCUUUGGACAAGACUCACAUUGGGCCUGAGAAGCUGUUGAGUCUGUUUUCCGAGAUGAACUGGAACGACUACUGCCUGUCUUAUCUCUUGACCAACAGAGACUUCAGCGGGGUUCUUGGCCUGGCCUGGGAAGGAAAAGAAGAUGACUGGGGAGGAAUCUGCUCUGAGAUGAUCAUGAAGGAUGGUCGCAAUUCCAGCCAUAACACUGGUUUAAUCACCCUUCAGAACUAUGGCUCCUACCUUUCUCCCAAACUCGUGCACCUGACCUUUGCCCAUGAGCUGGGCCAUAGUCUUGGAGCCCCUCACGAUGAGGGUUCUAAAUGUGGAAGCCUGGAGAUCACUGGUGGCAAAGGAAGGUUCUUGAUGUUCCCUCAAGCCACCAACAAGAUUGAGGAGAACAGCGACAAGUUCUCCCCUUGCAGCCUGCAGCACAUGAGUCACAUUCUGAAUGAAAAGAAGGACAGAUGCUUUGUAGAUAGUGAGCAGCCCAUUUGUGGGAACCGCAUCGUAGAAGAGGGUGAGGAGUGCGACGUGGGCCACAAUGAAAGUGACCCAUGCUGCUACAGCUCGAAGGAACCUUCAGGCAUUGAAUGUCGACUGAAGCCUGAAAAACAAUGCAGUCCUAGCCAGGGUCUGUGCUGCAGCUCCCAUUGUGCCUUCAAGGAAGCUGGGCUGAUGUGUGAACGCCACUCUGAGUGUCGCAACCAAAGUGUAUGCUCCGGUUCCUCUGCUGUUUGUCCAGAACCUCCCGCCAAGCCAAACAUGACAACAUGCAGUGAUGGCACACGUAUCUGUUUCAGUGGGGAAUGUGGCGUGUCUCUCUGCGCAUUGUACAACAUGGUGCAAUGUGACUGUCCGGGAGAGAACAAGACAGAGAAAUGCCACAUGUGCUGCCAGCAGAGAGACAAACCUAAUACCUGCGCAAGCACCACUUCUUCGGUUCUUUUGGACUACUUUGGUGGGAAACGUGUGGCUUUGGUUCCUGGAUCGCCCUGCUCUGGAAACAGAGGCUACUGCGACAAGUUUAAAUUCUGCAGAAUUCUAGAUGCUGACGGCCCAAUUGCAAGGCUCAAAAAUUCUUUCCUCAAAUUGGAUGAGUUUGAUGACCUGGCCAGUUGGAUGAAGGCACAUUGGUGGGCAAUUCUUCUGGCUAUUCUCACCAUUUCAGCAGUAAUGGCUGGGGUUAUCUGUGUUUUUGGACAGUCCCUUGAGAUUGAUGACGACAGGUAAAUAUCUCUCCACUCGGGGCCUUCCAACUGGCAAGAAACCCCUGCAAGCAAGAAAAUGUUCAAAACACAUAGACAGAUACACAGCUGAGAGUCAUGCACAGCAUCUGUCCAAACAUGAUUUGCCUCUUUCACUCAUAUGUCUCACACCAUUGGUCUUUACAAAGUUAUUUUAUCUCCAGUGCUGUUUUGAGGAUUGAAUACUGUCCAACUUUUAACUAUAAAUCAUUGAUCUCAUUAACUUUGUACACAAUGUCACCUACAUUUAUCUCAGAGAAAUCCAAGAACAUGACAUUCUGAGAAUUUUGAGAAAGCCAAAUAAUCUCAACAUACACAACAGAUGGCUGUAGUUUCAUGGAAAGCUAGAAUAAACAACAGGUUUUUGGGAAUGCUACAAUAAAAUACAAUAUGUGUCAACCUGCAAAUGGCUUACUUUUGGUUGUCUCUGCAUAUUUGGUUCCUCCGGAAAUCACCGGUUCAAAACUAUAUCAGCAAGUUCAAAAUUUCGUGUUUUGCAAUCUUUUGGCUAUCGCGACACCAGUUUGUUUGAGUUGCUGGAUUUGCUUUCAUGAUUUUAUCUCUUUGUGUCAUCCUUGGGGUGGUUACCAAGAUAAGCAUAGAGAACUAAGUGACAUUUAAGCUUGAAUGGGGUAAAAAAAGGUCAAGAACUAUUUAAUAGGAAAUUGUAGUUUUUUUGCAUGUUCAACUAAUAUGAAAGUGUAAAUAAUUAAAAUAGUGAGGCUAAUUCGUAUGAGUAGUAUGUGCUCCAAGAAUUUAACAAAAAAUACAUAUGCAAAAUUAAUGUAUAAAACAUUUCAAGUUCAGACAUUAAAAAAAGGCAUACAUUUAGCUCAAAGAUAGAAUUUUUUUUUAAUAGUUUUUCACAGUGUACAGUUCAUUUUAUUGAUGUACAUCAUUUUUCAUGAAAAAAAUGUAUAAAAUGUUGUAGCAUUUUGUAUGAUGUAGUAUACAGAGUAAAUGUCAGUUCCAGUAUUUUUAUGGAAUAUUUUUCCUGCUUAUGAAUGUCGAUUACCUAUAUAAAGUGCAAAAGAGGAAAAAAAAGAAACUUGUACCAAUAAUAAAACAUAUUCAACACAA